AUGUUUUUGCCCUGGAGUAGCUGGCCAAAAUGGAAACAAGUAGUAACUUUUUACAUGUUUUCUUGUUUCCUGAGGACCUUGAUUUUCUCGCUUCUGAUCCGAGGAGGGAAGCCCACGCCGCUCUACUCGUUUGUCCUGGCCUUCGUGUUCUGCACCUACAACGGCUACCUGCAGAGCCGCUACCUGAGCCAGUACGCCGUGUACUCGGACGACUGGGUCACCGACCCCCGAUUCCUAACAGGUUUCGUCUUGUGGUUGGCUGGCCUUCUGAUAAACAUCCACUCAGAUCAUGUCCUAAGGAACCUCAGGAAACCAGGGGAGACUGGAUAUAAAAUACCAAGGGGCGGCUUGUUUGAGUACGUCUCUGCAGCCAACUACUUCGGGGAGGUGGUGGAGUGGUGCGGCUACGCGCUGGCGUCCUGGUCCGUCCAGGGCUGGGCGUUCGCCCUCUUCACGUUCUGCACCCUGGUCACCAGGGCUCAGCAGCAUCACCAGUGGUACCUUGACAAAUUUGAAGAUUAUCCAAAAUUCAGGAAAGCUAUGAUUCCGUUCUUGUUCUGAGUUCCUGGCAGUGGAAUUCUCUUCGACUUGAAGCCCCUCGACGAUGCUCCUCCGGGGAUUAUGUAAAUGAAUGUACGUCUCCGUGAUUUUUCUGCUGCUUCAUCCUUGUCAAGAUUUGCUCUGGGAUUUUGCGUCUGCUGGCAGAUUUGUAAGCUACCUAAUAACAGGCCAGCUAAUUUGAAACGCGGGUUGAAGUGUGACGCCGCGCAGGUCAGGAGUCGGGAACUCUGUAAUGGCGGCUGGCCUCCUCCGAUUUUGAAUUUGCCUCUCUGGACCAAAACAUUUCUCUACCCCUUAUACAACCCCUGCAGCAACUGGUUUAAGGGCAAAGGUGAUAUUGCCCCUCCCCCCACAGAGGCAUGUCCUGUCCUCACAUCCCUCUCCUCCCACUAGGUCAGAGGGGCCUGGCGACCCACACUGUACCCAUGCCUCUCGCUGGCCAGGGAGAAGCUGGGCAUAGAGGAGGGAGAGGCCCAGUGGAGGCCGGCGCAAAGGCCUCUGGCACCUGCUCCAGCCUGGCUCACAGGUGACUUCACUAGCAGGACAAGGCACUGACGAUGUUAAGGAGCAAGCCGCUGUGUCCCCCAGGAAGGGCCCUUGGCUGGGAGCAUGAAGGUGCCGCAGGGCAGCCCUCCCAUCUCAGGUCACUGGCCAUGAGAUGGAUUUUCUUCCUCCUCCUAGGUAGAAUUAGAAUUUUUUUAAGGCAUCUUUUUUUUUAAAGUCCCUCCCAAUAUUGCAAAACCAUAACUGGAAACAAUUUCUUAUUCACAUCCACUUGAAACUCCAUGGACAUCAAUGGCAGUAAUUAAAUGCACUACUCAUCGCCAGAUGGUUUAAAAGAAACCCCUUGGGCCCUUUGUAAACCUCUAGGGAACACGUGGUGCAGACCCUCCCUGUCCUGGGACAUGGCUGCCUCCCUUGCUGCCGCCUUGCAGAGGUGGAAGCGGAGGGAGCAGUGGGAGUGGAGUCUGUGUUCACUCUGAUCGCUGACCAUGCUCGGUGGCAGGGUCGUCCUGGGCACCCCAUCAGCCCCUCCCCUGUCUCCUGCAUCACCUCCCGACCAGGGCUUCUCUCCCUCGUGUUUCCACGUGGAGGCUGUACUCUCGGUGUUCGUGCUUUUUAGGGCCUCUUGGGGUUUUAAAAUUACACAGAAAACUUUUCCUGAGGUGGCUAGGCUUCAUUUUCACCAGAAAAUGGGAUGCUUUUACAGGGAAACUUUAUGAUCAAAUAAACUUUUUCUGACUAAAUAAUUACUUGAAAUCAUAAAACGAUAAAUAUUUCAGAUCUCCAGAAAACUCAGAAAUUUGACCAAGUCUUGACUGGUUUGGGCCCCUGUGCUCUGGAAGGCGUACCUGGCCGGGAACAUGCUUGUCUGAGAGCCAGAAGCUCAUUGUGAACUUUACUUCUGUUGGUGCUUCUUUUUAUUUGAGUGACCUGUGGGUGCAAAAGUUUGCGUUAACUCAGGCCUUGACGCACUGUUCCUGCUUCACCCUCCGGCUCUGGAUGGAUGAUCCACAUAGGAAGAGAUCCUGCUCUGUCUAGUCUGGCUGUCUUCCACGUGCUGAAAACUGUAACUUAGCAAAUCAUCAUCAGUCAUUAUUAAUUACAGUAAUUAAGGAGUUUAAUAAAAUUACUUUUUAAAGUUUG